AAAUAUUUUUUUUAUGUAUAAUCCCUGAGUUGACCCAGAAAAUAAGCAGUCUGUGCAUCGGCCCUGCUUGAGCAUGAAGUGUAACCCUGUGGAAUACAUUCUGUAAUCUGAARACACCUCGUUUUGCAAAACUAAAAUAGAACGUAGCAGUAGCAAAGUCGUUGAACUUUAAUCCGAGUAGAUACGGACAGGAGCCAUGGCGGAUCAUCUAAUGAUGCCCAUGAACCACAGCUCUGCCGGCGGGGGCCUCCACGGCUACAGACUGGGCAUGAACGGAGGCCUGCAGGCAGGCAACCAGCAGCACGUAGUGCCUCAGCCCGGCCUUCGAGCCCUGCCCAAUGGCCAGAUGAUGCACUACGGUGGGGGACCUCAGCAGCAGGCCACCAUGGAGGUGGCCAUGAGGCAGCGGCAAGGCAUGGUGGGGCCCGUGAACAGACAGCUCAACGGGGCUCAGAUGGGCCACCACCAGAUUACGUCUGGUAACAUGAUGUACAACAACGGGCAGGCCCAGCAGCAACACCACACCCAGCACCAUCACAUGAGCCUCCAGCAGCACCCGCAGCAACAACAGCAGUAUAUGAAUGGUGGUCUCACGUCCCAGCAGCUCAUGGCCAGCAUGCAUCUGCAAAAACUCAACACCCAGUAUCAYGGACAUCCACUGGGRCCCAUGAACRGCAACCACAYGGGCAACGGGGCAGCCCAGUACYGCAUUKGCCCGGCCCAGCUGGCUAACAUGCARCAGAUGGCCGGGCCGGCWCUGGCCUUGAAYGGCAUGGAYGCRGACAUGAUUGACGAGGAKGUUUUGACAUCCCUGGUCRUGGAGCUGGGCCUGGACCGCAUUCAGGAGCUGCCCGAACUCUUCCUGGGCCAGAACGAGUUUGACUUCAUCUCAGACUUUGUGAGCAAACAGCUGCCCAGCACCAUCAGCUGCUGAGUGAGAGAGGACCUGAGUCAACGAUGCUUUGAAGGGGCCUGGAAGGGUGGAGAGUUUGGAAAGACUUGAGUAGUGUGUUGCCCACUGGAAACAACUACUGCUCCGCUUUUCAUUUUUGUGUUGUGCCUUUCACUCUAACAGUGCUAGGUCGCAGAGAAGAGUGAGCGAGAGACACUGGUCUGGAUAGCCACAGUGCUAUGGUGUCAUUUUGUGAAGUGACCAGAGGUGUGGUUCUGUGUUGGGUCGCAGCUCGCCUGUAAUGGGACAUCGUCCUCCAGCAUCUCUUCUCUCCAGAGAUGAAUGUAAACAAAACUGCUGAAUUUGUUCAGAGUGGCUUCUCAAUGUUAAGACACUGUUGCCUCCUACAUUGGACUCAAUGGCAGUUUAGUAGUAAGAUGUAUUUAUUUAUUACUCUCUCAGAGAAAUUAAUAUAGAACAAACCAGAGACCGACAGAUCGUCCAGAGAGAGAAUCAAGUUCUGUUGGUGUUUUGGGUAAGGUCAGGGGAAGCUCUAAGUUUGUCUUUUAAAAAACAUUUUUUUUUWGUAAAUUGGUCUGGGCCUUCUGUUUGAAAAUAAGCCCCUCAAAUUCAUUUUUGAUCUUCCAAGAGCUUGGAUUUCUCUCCAAGAAUGGAGGCGGCAGUACAAGUAGAAUGCCAUUUCAUGGAUUUGAAUGGAAGUCUAUCAUAAUUGAAUAGCUCACUUUUGGCAAGGAUUGCUUUUAGUUGUGAUGUUCUCAAACCUACUACUUGUACUGUAUACAUCUGUGUUAAUACAGGAAAGUAUGUAAGAUAUAGAACUACAUUAAUUAUGCCAAUUUAUUUUCUUUACUGGUGGUUUUUAUCUUCCCUUUGCGGUCAAGACGGGGUUUUGAGGAUCAAUAAAAAUGGCCUGGAUAUAAGUGUGGCCUGCUUUUACAUUCAUUGCAGAGGAGAGCAUUAAACGUAAUCUGGGGGCUAAAGGGAAUUAUGCCACUUCAGGGCUUUCCAGCCUGCAGGGUCCAGGAUAUUAAAUAACUUAAUACUGAAUUAAUUUAUCUCAAAGGUGUCCCUGUUUCUUAGGAAUAUCUUUAUCUCCCUCAAGGUAUGCACAGUCUUAUGAUGACAGACAUUUACUGCUGUAAGCAGCAAAUUACCUUCAAUCCUGUCAUGGAAAAUGAUGACUGGUGUGUUAAAAUCAAACUCAAAGGUGCACUGCUAUCCACCAAAAAGCUGAAUUUCUAAUCUGAAUUUUUGACCUUUGAUAUGGAGAAGGACCCACAUUGUGGUUUUAGUCAUUGCAUUCCUGAUCAUCCUGACACCAUUAAUAAAAAUAGAUUGAGGAAUGAAUUUCCUGGUUCCUAUGAGUUACGGUAACUUUUCUAUAUGUUGCUGGGUAGAAAGUAGGUGAGACCUGGGGGAGAUGGAGCGGGCCAGGGUUAAUCUACGCUUACCUUGAUGGGGGUUUAACUGAAUUCAUCCCCUGUAAAUUACUACCCCACAGGGGCAAAGAAGUAUGGCACACCUUUAGUGACAGUUGUUAGCUCUGAGACUGCACUUAAUGGUUGGUUGGGGAAGCAAAAUGAGUAUAGGUUAGUGCCAAUAAUAAAUGGCAUAUACAAGCAUGGCUUCUUCAAAAAAAAAUCUGUAUAAAUAUCCCAUGCCUUAUGCAAUGUUAUAGCCACCUGAUAUUAAUUCUAUUAAAUUCAAAUGAGUUUAAUAUUC